GCAAUGCCGCUAAUACGUUCAAAACGUAUACGUGUACCUCAACUUCACUCGCAACUUACUACCUUAUCAAUAGGCUGGGAAUAGUAAGCGUUCCAACAACCUGCGUUAUACGCCAUCAAGACCCACUUAAAUUUGCUACAGAGCUACGCAGUAUAAUAGAAGUCCUUGCUGCGGUGUCCUCGCUCGGACUAAAUGUCAUUGCUUCUCCGCUAUGCGGCUCGUGGUAGCGGUCGAAACGCCUUCCAGACCCUGCAAUGCCUCCUCCAAUCCGAAGCCUUGUUAAGACUAGGAGUGCCUGUCUCCUUGGAGAGUGGCCAGACAGCGUUGAGACGCACUCAAGGCUACCAACUGUCGCCGUUGCGGGGUUUCAGUGAAGAGCUGCGAGUCGUGGCAUCAGCUCUCAGCGAAGGUGAUUAUCACCACAUGGCCGACGAGACGCUGGAGGGUAUGGUUGAGAAGCUAGAGGCAUACGUUGAGGAUAAUGACGUGGACGGAGGGGACGUCGAAUACUCGCAAGGCGUGUUGACCGUCAAGCUCGGCAAACACGGGACGUUCGUUGUCAACAAACAAACGCCCAACCGCCAAAUCUGGUUGUCGUCGCCGGUCAGCGGCCCCUUCCGCUUCGACCACAUCGAGGGCCGCUGGCUAUAUCACCGCGACCGGCGGGACCUGCUGUUGCAGCUGGAGCAGGAGAUCAGCGCACUGGUGGGCGCCCCGCUGCACCUGCAGUGAGAGCCCCAACCCACCCGACCCAAAUGGCUUUAUACCCUGGUGGUCGGAGGGUUAAUAAGGAUACAUGUUCCGCAUUUGGCUGGCUGGCUGGCUUGGGGGGUAUAGCUGCAGGCAGC